GAUGGCUGCGCCCAGCGGAUACGUGUUGCAGAAGAUGGAGGUGUCGGAUAGUCCUAUGGUAACGGAGACAAAGCCAGUGCUCACCUCUGAGCCCAUCCCUGGCUUUGUUGAUACGGACACGUUUGUUAAGUAUGCCCUUGGGACAGUUGUGUCUGCCACUAAGGCCUCCACAGGCCUCCCACAGUCUGGGGAUGAAUAUGAUUUUUAUCUCAGUUUUCCUGGAUUUCGUGCAUUUUGUGAGUCGCAGGGUGAUCGUCUGCUUUCCUGUAUGAGCCAGAUUAUGCAGUACCACGGCUGUCGCAGUCACAUCCAAAAUCGCAACAAAGUCAUAGAACUGGAAGAUAAAUUUGAUUUGUUGGUUGAUGCCAAUGAUGCUAUUUUGGAAAAGGUGGGCUUUUUACUUGAUGAAGUUUCUGGGGUGCACAAGAAUCAGCAGCCGAUUCUUCCUGCUGGUCUGCAGGCGCCGAAAACCAUUGUAUCUAGCUGGAACAGGCGGAACAAUGAUUUCAGUAAAAAAGGCAAAGCAGAAACCUUCCGGCUACUUCACGCCAAGAACAUUCUGCGGCCUCAACUCAAGUUUAAAGAGAAGAUUGAUAAUUCCAACACCCCAUUUGUACCAAAACUUUUUAUUAAACCCAACGCCCAAAAACCACUUCCUGAAGUACUCAGCAAAAGACGUAAGCGGCAGCCAGAUGGCAUGGAUGUCCCUCCAGCUUUGGCAGACUUUAUCCAUCAGCAGCGAAUGAAACAGACGGAGGAUGACAUGUUCUCUCAUCCAUAUCAAUUUGAAUUGGAUCACUUUGUUCCAUCUGAGUCCUUGCUAGAGAGGCCAGAUAUUCAGCCACCCCAGCCCCUGCAAGAUGUCCCCUGUCACUUUGUGAGCUCCCUGAAUGAUCUAGUGGAACUGAACGAGAAGCUGCUGAAAUCUUAUGAAUUUGCUGUGGACCUGGAGCAUCACUCUUACAGAAGCUUUCUGGGACUCACAUGCUUGAUGCAGAUUUCCACUAGGACAGAUGAUUAUAUCAUUGACGUUUUGGAGCUGCGCAGUGACUUGUACAUUCUAAAUGAGAGUUUCACAGACCCAGCAAUUGUCAAGGUACUCCACGGAGCAGACUCUGAUAUUGAGUGGUUGCAGAAGGACUUUGGUCUAUACAUUGUGAACAUGUUUGACACACACCAAGCAGCGCGUCUCCUUAAUCUUGGGCGUCAUUCCCUUGACCAUCUCCUCAGACUGUAUUGCAGUGUUGAGUCUGAAAAGAAGUAUCAGCUUGCAGACUGGAGGAUCCGCCCAUUGCCUGAGGAAAUGGUUGAAUACGCACGUGGAGAUACUCACUACCUGCUUUACAUCUAUGACAAAAUGCGAACAGAACUUCUGAAGACUGCCAAUGGGCAGCCAAAUCUUCUACAAAUGGUCUGGCAGAAAAGCAAAGACAUAUGUCUAAAGAGAUUCACAAAACCGAUUUUCACUGAGGAUUCCUACUUGGAACUCUACCAGAAGCAAAAGAAACAUCUAAACUCACAGCAGUUUACUGCCUUCCGGCUUUUGUACGCCUGGCGUGAUAAGAUGGCGCGUCAGGAGGACGAGAGCACAGGGUAUGUGCUGCCCAACCACAUGUUGCUGAAGAUCGCAGAAGAGCUACCCAAGGAGCCACAGGGAAUAAUUGCCUGUUGUAAUCCCAUCCCCCCACUCGUGCGCCAGCAAAUUAAUGAAUUGUGCCUCCUUGUGCAACAAGGGCGAGAGACCCCACUGCAGAAGUCAGAAAUGACCAGCGCUAAGAAGAAAGGGCCCAUGCCAAACCCUGAGAAAAUGGAAAGUCUGCUUUUUGGUCCCCACGAUACAAUGUCACAGCCUUUGGGAGCGCAUCAGCUGUUUACUGAGACAGGGCUGCAGUUAGCUGAUGGAAGUUUAUUCAAUAAUGAAGAACCAGCCACUCCCGUACUGCCAAGUCCAGUAGAUAUCCUUGCCAGAGCCAGCAUCACAAUAUUCAAUGAUCCUGCAGAUGACAGAACAAGAAGUGACUCAGUGUCUCAGCAGAAGGCACGGCACAUACUGGAAUCCUUCGAGAACCCAUUCAGGAUGUUCCUGCCGUCUGAGGAUCAUCAUAUUCACAUCUCACAAGCAGCCAAAUUGGAUCCAUCAACAAAAAUGUUUGAGAUCAGUAACCAGUGGAAGCUGGUGAGCAUGGCACAACAAGAGAGAGAGGCAAAAGCCAAGGAGGACGCUCGGAAGAAGAAACAGGAAGAGCGAGCUGCCCGGGAAAAAGCUAAACAGGUCUUAAAAACUGCAGCGGAAGGUCUGAAAUCUGUGCGUGAACAAGUGAAGGAAGAGAGUGACAGAAAGAGAGACCGUGUGGCCAGUGAGCCAGGAGCAGAGACUACAAAACCAGAGAAGAAACGUCUUAAACAUCCAGAGGACGAAAAAGAACCAACUGUACAAGCUCCAUUCACUCCUGUUGAUUACAGCAAAUUAGAUUUCAAGGUGUUUGCAGGCAGCAGUAAUGUAAAGGGCCAGGCUGACUUUGACCCCAAUAUACAAGCCCAUCAGGGGAAGAAAAACGCUUCAUCCAGGAAACCUCGCCAGUUAAUGGGAAACAAAAGCAUGUCUUUCUUGGCUGGAAAAUCUGAGCGGGGCUUUAAGCACAGCUGGCCGAAGAGAUAAACACUUUAUUCCCAGGAUGGAAAUGAGAACAUGGGAUGUGCGGGACACUUGUAUUUUUAAUAUGUUCAUUAAACUUUUAAUUCACAAAA